AUGAAUUUUGUUCAUCAAGUUGAAAUUCGAACUGAAAAAGUUAUGAUUAAUUUACAAAAAUAUUUUCCAAAUGUAACUGAACUCAUUAUAGUGUUUAGCUCUACUGAGCAAAGUAAAAAUCUUCUUUCUAAUAAUCUUAAUAAUAUUUUACCGGUGAAUCAACUAACUAAAUUUGUUCUUCGUUCUUACUAUGAUGACUUUUACAAAAUAAUCAAACUUUUACAAUGUAUACCUAAUCUUCAUAUUUUUGAAAUUAGAUGCAGCACGUCAUUUCAGGAUUCAAAUUUGAUAUCAAUUCAACAAAGUGAUGCUUUUCGAUUAAUAUCUCAAACAAAUAAAAUUCAACAUAUGAUAAUUGGAUAUCAAUGUACAUUAAACGAAAUAAAAUUUUUGGUUAAUCUUUGUCCUCAAUUACAGCAAUUCACAAUUGAUAAAUCAGACAAAAAUUUGGAAUCAUUUUUACGAUGUUUAUUAUCAAAUAUCAAUGAAAGACUUAAUCAUUUAUUUUUAUUAUGCAUUGCAUCUAUAAAUCAAAAGGAAACAAAAAUACUAGAAACUUUGAUCAAAUCGGAAAAACUUCUUAACCCGUGUUCCUUAGAAAUAAAAUAUGAUAGUUUUGACAAAAAACCUAUUUAUGGUGGUAAAAUUGAUUAUGAAUAA